AGCGAAUCUGCCAUGCCACAAGCAGGACUCUUGAAAUGGGGAAACGAUGUUCGGCACUCGAUGGCAAACGACCCAGGGAGGCAGUUCUUUCGUGACCAGAUACAAAUGCAUGGCUUUCUCUUCCUCGACGACUACCUUGACAAUAUCUUGGCCGGCGCUCGACAGGAUGCCCUCAUCGACCUUGUGAAGACUCCAAGUCGGAAAAAGGCGAUAUCCAAGCAGCCCAGGACCGCCUCGAAACUGAAGAAUGUCGUGGCGGUAUUAUUCAACGAUGAUGGUGAUAAGGAAAAUACGUCGCCUGUAAAUGCAUUCCACCAGACACUUUUACAGACAAAGUCCAAAAGUCCCGAACUCUUUGUCGAAGAGAACAUUCCUCCGCGCCCUCCUUUGGGAUCUCGCUCGAUACGCCCCGAAACCGAUAUCUUCUCCUUAGCGGAAGUCACAACUCCACCUAGUGUGGCAGCUCCGGAAUUUUCCCAGACGAAAGCUUUCCAAAGCUAUCAGGCAGAAACUGUCCUGCCCGUUCCGUCUGCGUCAGACCAUAAUGAAUUAUCUGUUAUCGCAGAGGAUGAAGAACCCGCAGAGAGAUCUCGUUCCUCAGUACGCAUUACUGAAGCUUCUGCCACCGUCACCGAGCCAGAGCCAGCAGACGCUGACAUUAAUGCAUACUUAUCCAAUGCGUCUCAUAAUACGUCUCGAACUGGCUCGACGUCAGCAUCAGCCGACACCUUUCAUUCCAUCAUCCUUGAUUCCCCUUCUCUCGCUCCCCAUUCCUAUCCGUCGGUGGUUGAAUCAGCAAAUACCCAGACCAACACCCUUGCUGCAGAUACCACCGAUGAACCUUAUGUGGAACCAGCUGAACAAUAUGAGUUCGGCCAGGGUGGCACUGAUCAGGACGCGCAACAACCGUUGACAGUACCACGAUUCCCAUCUUUGCCUGCGCCUAUACCCCUUCACAAGUCUGUACGCGGCGCGGAACAGCUACCUGCCAUGAAUCCCAUCACUCCUGCAGCCGCGCUUGGUGGCAAACGCACGUCUUGGCUGAAGAAAGUGCGAGAGGCCAAAGCAUUGGACGUUGGAGGAAGAAAGACAAGCAUCGUUGCGCUCGCUAGUACUGGGAUUCAUAAUACCCUCAAAAGGAAAAGUAGCGAUUUCUUUUCGGGGGGCCUCACGGUUGGGCCCAGCGACGACAAGCAUAAGAUUGCCAAAAGCACCGAAACAGAUACCGCUCCUUUACAACUCAGAAAGGAUUUCUUGGACCAUGACCUCUCAGAGCAUAUCGCGGUGAUGCAGAGUCCCGAGGACCUUUCUUUGGGCACAACGGGCAAACCAGAGGAUAUGCUAGGCCAAUUCAAGAAGACGGUGGAAGGUUUCAGACAAGAGUUGGGCAAAGCCAGGGCUGCGGCUGAAGCACGCGUUGUCGAAAAGAACUCCCAGCAAGAAGACGAUACCCAAGCUCUUGGAUCAGAAACAGUGAUGAAAAAUCCCUCCCCUCUAUGCGUGCAAAGUUCUUCGACAUCGACUCCCGUGGAGGCUCGCCCUGCAGUAAUUGAGCACAUACCUUCAACCAAAGAGCGUCUCAGCAUUUCCGAGUUGGUUACUACAUCUGAAAAGACUCCUGUUUUCAAAGAACAGAUACACGCUAGUGUAUUUCAGCCGCCAUCAGCCACAGUCCUAUCCGCUCAUGCCAUCCAUAACUCCAGUGACGCACCUUCUUCGUCGGUCUCCGCAACGAACCAUAUUCUUCCUGUGUUCAAUAACGCUCAGCCUGUGUUCAGGCCUCCAUCUCCCAAGCCCGUUUUCAAGGCUGGACCAUCCAGUGUUAAAUCCACAGCGUUCUCGACGCCGGUUUCAAUGUCGUUGGGUUUGGCUCCUCGUCUACCGUCACCGCCUUCCACUCAUAAGGUCAAUCCGUUAUCGGCACAGUCGACUCUGGAGAGCUUAGCAUCCGAUGCUGUUUUCGAUAGUCAGAAUGACCAUUCUAUAUGGCAGCCUUCGACCCAAGAUACCGAAUACGACAAUGAUUUCGAGUCUCCGUUUCAGAAACACACCGAGGUGCUGGACGAAGACGACAGUUGGCCUAUGGAUGAAAAACUUGCUGAGGGUGUGGAAUGGACAUUCGGCUACAGUAUGACUUGGAGUAGUGCCCCCACACAGAGUCAGAAGCUCGAACAGCUGGAGCAUGCCUCUGAGGAUGUUCCUUCAUCCGCAGUGUCAAACGAUACAUACGACCGACCCGCGGGCGAGCUCCCCGUCGAAGAAGAACCUGACAUAGAUCAUGGCAAGAUGACUGUAACAUUGGUCGGCUCUGAGAAGAAUCAGAGCCAGUUAUCUCUGGCCUCGUCCGUUUCAUCGCAAUCACAUGUUGGCUUUUUAGGACAAGCGUCGAAGCUGAUGAGCAGCGUUCUGGGCACAGGCAAAAAAACCAAACCGGAAGUGAAGAGUCUGCAGCGCGCAGCUGCGGCCGCCAAGAAGGAGCAGGAAGAGAAAGACAAGAAAGCUGCUGUGCUGAAAAAUAUGGAGAACCGACGGCAACUUGUAUUGCAGAAGAAGGCAGAAGAAGAGAAAGCCAGGACUAUUGAACAAGAGAAAAGGCUCAAGGAAGAAGCGGAACGUAGGAAACGAGAGCGGGAAGAACAUACGGAGAAACGGCCCCUUAAACCAACUGUCAAAAAGGAGGAGGACACGACCAAGAAACGGAAGUUAGCCACGGAAAGUGAGAAGAAAUUGGAGAUCAAGAAACCAAUGCUGAAAGUCAACUCCGGAAAUUCGAAAUCGACUUUCAAACCGACACCCAAACCCGUCCCAGCUACUGAAGGGAAAGGUAAACUAGUGUCCAAGUUCAACGCACCGACUCCGUCGAAAACAAUGAUGGAUGACGUGUCACAACCUUCUCAGAUAUUGCAUUCACAAAUGGCUGCUCGGGCAAAGGCACAGAUCGAGGCGGCCACUGUCCCCAGCGAGAGCAUUGAGUUGCCCGAUGUUCCUAGCGAGUACUCUGAUUCGGAUGACGAAGAUAGAAAGUUAAAGAAGGCGCGCGAACUUCCUCAUUGGGCGCAGUCGCCUGAACUGCGGCAAGCCCUAGAGAACCAAGCGACCAUCAAUCCUGAUGAUAUCUUCGGCCCUGUACCAGUUCUACGAAUGGAGGAAGUCUUCCGGACCAGAGCAAGUCGUUUUAGGGCUAGGACUAGCUCAGCGAAUUGGGUGGGUGCUGAUCGUCUGACCCAGGAGGAGCAAACGGACUAUGUGAGGAGAAUGGGAUACAAGUCGUAGUGGACUUUUUCUAUUAUUUUAUUUUAUGUCAGUUACGCCAUAGCAUUUUUUUCGAGAUCUUCGUUCAUGUAGUAUUCUAUCUCCAGCAUUUGUAUAGUCUAUCAACGAUGGGCCCCAAUUCGUCAAUCAAGGAUGAGGCGAUGCAUUACGGCAGCAACCUCGGUUGCCCGCCUGCCGGCGGAUCGGUG